GAACCCAGAUCCCACCUCACGUGCAUCCACCCCCUUGGCCAAUGCCCUCAAAUUCAAUGAAGAUAUGGGAGUCAAAACGACGAUCUCCAGUCCACGACAUUCCUCUCCAUAUAAAAAAUAAUAAUCUUUUUUCUUAAAGAAAAACAAACCCCUCCUACUCUGAUCCCCAUGCUGUCGGUUACUAAUCGGAGAAACGUUGUCGCUUCGCAAAGCAAAAUCCUCCUCGAUCUGAGAUUUUGAGUUUGUUUUAGCAAAGAUAACACUUAACUAACGGACACAGCGACGAAGACACAGAAACACACGCAUGGCUCCCCCAUCGUCCUUGCCGUCACCGAAGGGCGUUGUGGUAACGGUGCCAGUGCUCGUCCUGGCGGCCUCCGUGGCCGCUAUAUUCUUGUUCUUUCUCUUGUCAUCUCUAGCCUCUUGUUCUUGCCCUGCGGGAGUGUCCGGUGCCGGCGGCGAUGUCCCCGUGUCCGUUGGUGGUGGUGAUGGCGCGGGCCGUGUUUCUGUGUCCACGACGAAGGAGGAUGUGGAGUGGGUCAUGGACCAGAUCCGAGUGAAUGGCCUCCAUAUGCAAGACAACGUCCUCCGCAAGGGCAUCAACCCCCGCUCCAGAGCCCAGCAACUCCAAGAUCUCCUGCAGUUCAAAGGCAUAUCACAUUAUGAAGGACCUGAAGCAAACAACCACACUGCCCUACCCUGCCCUGGAGAGCUUCUUGUUGAAGAACACCACAGCAACUAUGGUGAGCCCUGGGCAGGGGGCCGAGAUGUGUUUGAGUUCCUUGCACAAUCUACACACCUUGUGCCUGACUCACAUGUCCUUGAAAUUGGCUGCGGCACCCUCCGAGUUGGCUUGCAUUUCAUUCGCUAUCUCAAUCCUGAGCAUUACAAUUGUCUCGAAAGAGAUGAGCUAUCUCUGAUGGCUGCAUUUCGAUACGAGCUUCCGUCCCAAGGACUUCUAUACAAGCGGCCUUUGAUUGUGAAAGGGGAGGAUAUGGAUUUAACCAAAUUUUCGGAAGUUGUGUAUGAUUUGAUCUAUGCUAGUGCUGUCUUUCUUCACAUACCCGAUAGGCUUGUGUGGGUUGGAUUGGAAAGGUUAGCAACUAAAGUGAAACCUUAUGAUGGGCGAAUCUUUGUGUCCCAUAACAUAAAGUUCUGUUCCCGUUUGGGAGGUGAAGAGUGUACAAAACGGCUGGGGAGUUUGGGGCUGGAGUAUGUUGGAAAGCAUACACACGAUAGCUUGCUUUUUAAUCACUAUGAGAUCUGGUUUGAGUUUAGGCGAUCAAGGGCUUAGGACUUGGAAAUAUGCAAUUUCUCCUGGAAGGUUGUUCAUAGUUAGGAAACAGGCUUCGAGUGGCCUCUGACUACUGCAAACAAAAGGCUAUAAGUAAUGUCAAGUUUUCAGCUUGCUGUUGAUAAAUAUAUGUACAAGAAAGAGGGCUGACAAAUUGAUGGGGCUUCAUCUUUAGCAAGUAAUUUUCUUGAACGCAAAAUUGAACAUGCCUUGUAUUUUGUGGUAGAAGUAUUCAUUGCAAUUUGUAA